UCGUCGUAUUGUGUAGUAGGCCUACAUCUAAGCAUGCUCCGUGUGGUGGGUGUGCUCUCAAAGAAGCGGCCUCUGUACACAAUGGCUGUCUAAAUUAUUUCGUUUGGAUUUUGGCAGUGGAUACACUCACAGUGUUGUAUUUUUUCCAGCCAUGGACUCUCCAUAUAAGAUCCUGUUUGUGGGCAUUCUUGCAAGUUUCCUUGGGUCUUGCAUUGGCCAGAAUAAACCACCAGUUUGGAAUACUGCUUCUUACGAUGUUUUGACAUCUGGUAUCCGUGAAGACACCCCUAUAUCAACUGUUGUUGCAAAUCUCAGUUGUAUUGAUGCCGACGGAGACAGAAUCAAGUACAUCAAAGUGUCUGCUGAUGCUUUUCAAGUCACUCAGCUGGGUCAAGUUAUUCUGAUGUCCCCACUUGACUUUGAAGCAAGGGAUCGCUUCGGUUCUGAUGUUGAAUUUGCCUGUGUUGACGUUGACAGCGAAGGAAAUGAGAUCCAUAAUAGGGUCAAUGCAAGAGUUCAGUUUUCCAUCGAUGAUGCCAAUGAUAAUCCUCCACAAUUUGAGCUGGACAAUCCUGAAGGAUACUCAUUUUCCGUCAGGGAGGAUAUGCCUGUUGGAACUACCUUGGUUCCGGCCAUCACUGUACUAGAUGCUGACAGAACAGUUAAUGCCAAACUGGACAGACUGUACUUUAUUUGUGACAGUGACAUUCCCAGUGAAACAAACAACCUUGAUGCUACCAGCCGAGAGACCUGUAACAAGUUUCGACUGGAAUAUACACAAGAAAAUGAGGGUGUAUACACGGCAUCAGUUGUACUUAAAGCACCUUUGGACUAUGAAGAACGGCCUGUCUAUUCUUCCAAACUUGUUGCUGUAGAUGGACCAGGUCUUGGAAUCAGUCACCUCUCCUCAACCACCAACAUUCAGUUCAACCUUGUGGAUGCUCAGGAUGUUGGUCCUGUCUUCACCAACCCUGGUGCCAGUACAAACGUUCCUGAAAACAUCCCAGUUAACACAGUGCUGUCAUUUGCCGUGUCUGCUAGAGAUGGAGACACAGGAGCCAGGAGACCUGUGAAAUUGGAAAUCGUAGAAGAUGUGUAUGGUGUUUUCAACCUCACCACUACUACGGAGUCGCUGACUGAGUCUGGUGUUUAUGAAUCCAGUAUUAUUGUUGUGAAUAAACUGGAUAGGGAGGCUGUUGACAAUUCCUAUGCAUUUGUGAUUAAGGCUAUUGAGUUGGACAACUCUGUACCUGGUAGUCCACCCACAGAAACUUCUGCAACAGCAACAGCAACCUACUCAAUUUUUGUAUCUGAUGUGAAUGACAACCCACCAGAGUUCGAAGAACCUGUUUAUUAUGUCAAUGUGACAGAGAAGACGUAUGAUCCCAACUACAAAGAGGUGCAGAUUGCGGAUCUCCACAUUGUCUGUCUCGACAGAGAUGAGCCGUCUAAUGCUGAGUAUGAGGUGAAAAUUGUGAGCCAGCCAUACCCUUCAGCUUACAGUGUAAGCCCUGCCGUGAGUUCCUUCGUUGGUUCGGGUAGCAUGUUCCUGCAGAUAGAUGACCCGCGGUAUUUGGACUAUGAUGUUCCGGAAUACCGGAAUCAAGUUGUUGUGCUGGAAGCCAGAGAACUUAAAACCGCUGAGCUAUUCUCGAGCACCACAAAGGUUGUCAUCAAUCUUGUGGAUCUCAAUGACAACACUCCUAUAUUAAAUGCGGUUUCAUAUGGUGCAAAUGUCAGUGAAAGUGUGAACACCUUUCCAUAUCCUCUACUAAGAGUGUUUGCCUCGGACAAAGAUUCUGGCUUGAAUGGUGAAGUGGAAUAUAGACUGGAAGGAGGAUUCUCUGAUAAGUUUUCAAUUGAUUCUGUGUCUGGACAACUAGAUCUAGUUGCUCCUCUUGAUUAUGAGCUCGAGCAGUCUUACGUUUUCUUGGUGUAUGCGUCUGACAAAGGAGAGAUACCCAAGUCCAGCCAGGCCCAGGUCAUGGUGAAUGUGCUGAAUUUCAAUGACCUAGGGCCGGUCUUCAGGCAGCCUUCCUAUGAGACAUCUGUUAGUGAGACAAGUCUGAACUUCCUCAAUCCCAUUACCAUCACUGCUGUGGAUAAUGAAGACGGCACAGGCAGAAUUUCGUACAGUAUUGUGAGUGGACAAAGCCCGAACAAUGCCUUCCUUAUUGAACCCUACAACGGAACCCUUUCACUAAGAGCCACUUUAGAUUAUGAUACAACACCAACGGAUGCUCAAGGCAAUAAGCUGGGAUACUUCUCCCUGACUGUUCAGGCUUCUGACGGUGGUAAUCCUCCACAGACAAACAGUGUGCCGGUCAAAGUAAAUGUUAUUGAUCAAAACAACCACUCUCCUAUUUUGUUUCCCAAAGUGUACCAAGCUACCAUCUCUGAGCUUGCUGAGCCAGGCACUGUGGUGGCUGACGUCAAUGGAACUGACCUUGAUGGUGGUGCCUUUGGGAAGAUCACCUACCGCCUUGGCAGUGGAAGCUCUGGAAACUUCCGAGUGGACCCGGACACUGGUGUUGUGACAGUGGCUGGGGAGAACAACUUUGAUUACAAUAUCAGAACCAGCUACGAUUUCCAGAUCCUUGCAACAGACGGUGGGGCCCCACAGCUAAAUGACACAGCGAAUGUCUCAGUGGUCAUCUUGGAUGCCAACAACAAGCCACCUAAAUUUGAUAAAUUCUUGUACAGAGCCAACGCACAGGAAACUGAUCCCAUAGGGACCCCAGUGCUUACCACAGAGGCUCAAGAUCCAGAUUCCACCAAACGGCUUGUUUACUCUCUGCAGUCUUUUGAAGCCAGUGACAAGAAUGGAAAUAAGCUUUCGGACUCUGACAAUUAUGAUUACACUCAAGCAUUUGCUAUUGACCAAAAUGGACGGAUCACAAUCAAUGGAAAACUGGAUAAAGACAUUGCUCAAGAAAUUUCGUUCUCUGUCAAAGUUCAGGACGUAAAUGCAGAGAAAGGGGUCCAAACAGCUACAGCCCAAGUGACCAUUAUAAUUGAAGGCGAGCCCGACACUGCCAUCAGGUUUGACCCUAUCCCCGUCAGCUUUAUGAACGAAGAUGAGGUGGUGGGUUACAGAGCAGCUACAGUCACGGCCAACGACCCUCAAGCUACUGGUAUCAUAUAUUCCAAGCUGGAGCCUUCCUCUGAGUACUUUUCGGUUACUGCUGGUGGCCAGAUCCUCCUUGCUCGUCAAGUGGACUAUGAAACGGUGGUCAAAGAACACCAGAUCAUUGUGAAGGCCAUGUCUACAGAUGGGCUGCGAAGUGCAACAGCCACGGUCACUGUCAGCAUUAAUGACGUCAACGACAACUCUCCAGUAUUCCAGAGGAAGAGUUAUUAUGCGGAAAUCUCGGAGACAGCCCAGUAUCCGACAGAGGUCGUCACUGUGCUGGCUACUGAUGUUGACAGCUCCAGUUUUGGUCCCAUCGACUACAGAAUCUCUGGUGGCUUGGGAUCUGAGGAUUUCACCCUGUUCCGGAAGGAUAUAGAUGCUGUUGUCUUGGUUGCUGAGGGGGCGCAGCUGGACUACAACAGACGCAACCUGUACAAGCUUGACAUUCUUGCCAUUGACAACCCAAAUGUGGAUACAUCAUUUUCCAAUCUCAGGAGAACCAGCACUGCGGUGUUGACUAUCAAGCUCAUUGACGAGAACAACCACUCGCCAGUUUUCAAAGAUGAUUCUCGGAGUUAUGUUGUUCCGGAAACUGCUGAUGUUGGUUCUGAGAUUUCGAGUGUGCAAGCAUUUGAUGAUGACAUCGGCGAGAAUGGUCGCAUUACUUAUUCCCUUGAAGCAAAUGGUGUGGUCAAUAGUCUUGAAGCGUUGUCGCUGUUUCAAAUCUCACCCUUGUUUGGCACAAUCUAUGUGGCCACCAGCCUUGUGGGUAAAGGAGACAAGAAGUACUCGCUGAGGGUGCGAGCCCGGGACAACGGCAACGUGCCCAGGACGGAUUUCAUGACCAUUGAUAUCACAGUCCUCAGCACUGAGGAUAACGAUGGCAACCCCAGGUGGCUGGGACCACCAGUGGGGCACGUUGUCUAUGCCCCCGAGGAGGAGACCAACUAUGUUGUCAAAGAUCAUGGUGGGAAUGAAUUGUUCUUUGAUGCUGAAGCCCGCACUGGCACCAACAUCACUUUUGAACUGUCAGCAAGCAGUGACAGUUACUCAAGUUUCAGGAUGGACUCCAACGGACGUUUAACCAUUGUACAACCGCUAGAUCGAGAGCGCCAAGAAAGUUAUCAGCUACUUGUGUACGCUCAAGACACAAGUAGCCCGCUCCAAAUUAGGACUGGCCGCACUGUGAUACUUGAGCUCACUGACAAGAAUGACAACGACGCUACCUUCAGUAAUCCAAAUGGCUAUCCAGCAUGUGGCAGUGGGCUGAGUCAACCUGUGAUAGUGACGGUGGAAGAAAAUGAGCCUGUGAAUACAACCAUCAGAAGACUUUCAGGAUGCGACCCAGACGGUCCUGGGAACAAUGCUGUUACUUAUGAGCUCUAUUCGGACAAUGAAUAUUGCCGGAGAGGUAAUGCGAUGUCUGCCCUGAGUCUCAAUCCCGAUGGACGUUUGGUCACACGCCGCAUUGUAGACUAUGAGGAAAGCACAGAGUUCUACAUGUGUGUCAGGAUCAGGUCUGAGGUUCCAGCAAGUGUCAGCCGUAGAAAGAGGGCCUUUGACAUGUCCGCAGUCCGACCUCUUCAGGAUGAUGUGGCCUACAUCGAGGUGCGGGUCAUCGAUCAGAACGAUAAUGGACCCAAGUUCCCAUCACCUACAGCUAUUGCUGCUAUUCAAGCUACUGGAAAUACCUAUGCAACAGUCGAUGGUCCCUCUGGAAGAGUUCAUACUUUUGAUGCCAGGGAUGCAGAUGGAAAAGGCAACAACGCUAUUAACUACCAAAUCCUGAGGUCUGUAUUUUUUGCCCAAGGCGAAAGCGGUUCUGUUGGUCUCAGCGCCUUUAAAGUGGAUGGUGAUGGCUACAACACAGGCAUCUUCACAGUUCUCAGCUCAUAUAAAGCUUUCUCCGGAGGUGUGUUCGUCCUGGAGGUGCGGGCGCAAGAUGCCCAGAACAGCGAUCUGUUUGAUAAGCAGAUAAUCUCAAUCUACGUCUAUGAACUUGGACAAGCUGUAAAGCUGGUUCUCAAGGUUCCAGCCAGUCAGGGCUAUAGUUUGGGAGAACCUCUCAUCAGUGGUCUGAGUGCUGUCUCACCAAGGUAUACUUUGCAGUUCCUUAGUGUCUCGGAACACAGAUCACAGUCUGGUUCAAACACUGCCAGGACGGACGUUUGCUUCUUGGCCUCAGACGUUGACAGUAAGACCAUCCUGAACAUCCGCCAGGUUGUGGACCUGAUGGAGCAGAAGGGUUUCAGUGAUGUGCUGAAGAAUGCCACGUACAAAUACAUUGACCGAGGGCAAUGCUACCCGUCCAAGUCAUCGGAAGAUGAGCUGAAGUGGAGGGACCUGUGGUGGGUCUUGGUGGCCGUGGCCAUCUUUAUGUUUAUCUGCUGUGUCAUCCUCAUCAUUCUGGCCAUCGUGCUGUACAAAAACUACAAAAAAUACAUGAAAACCAAGAAGACAUAUUUAGUUCAAGAUUGAGACUACUUUAAUUUCUACGUGAAUGGGUGCUGUGGCUGUUGGCACUGCUGUGAACUUUCCAAGGGAUGAAAACACUUUUCUGUCCACCUCCAUCAAGACUUUUGUAGUAGACAAAGGAUGGAAAAAAUUAACUGAUAAUUUAUGCAGCCUCUAAUUGUGAAACAUCAGUUUGUCGGCGAAACUUUUUUAUCUUUUUGGGAACCAAUGUUGGUCAAUAUUGUUUGCAGAUGGGGACUUUUUGUUUGUUAUCACUCUUAAAAGUGCAAAAAAAAAAAUUCCUGGUGUAAAUCGCAGUAAAAAUAGAUUUUGUGUGAAUUGUGUUCUUACUGAGAGUGUUGUUAGACCUUUCUAAUCAAGUUUGUGAUAGUAUAGGCUAAUAUAAUUCUGACAAUAAUGUCACUUCAGGGGCCCAGACAAGUCAUUGACAUUUAUUUUUAAAAACUUUUAUCAGCAAUGUCCUGUGUAUAGACUAUGACGGAAGAAAAGAUUUCAGCAUUGUCAACACUAGAAGCUGUUGGCGAAACAAACUUUAAAAGAUGUCAUACCGUAUAUCAAAUGCUUGACAUGGAACUUUUUGUCAAAAUUAGUUAGCUCUAAUCUACCUUUUGUGUCAUGGCACUUUGUCAAAAGGAACCAUUUUUUACCUUUUUUAUAUUGUCAAACAAUUUGUCUUUAUGUUUCCCACGAAUAUAAAAAAAUAUGUAAACAAAUAAUAGUUGAAAAGAUAAACUAUUGUUCCCUUUUUAAAAAAAAA